UAUAAAUAGCCCGGCCCACGCUCCGGGAGCGGCGGCACUGAAAUAGCACCGAGCCCGCGCCUCCAGACGGGAGCCCCGAUGGGACGGGAGCCGGCACCGAGCAUCCCCCGAGGCACGACCCGCGGCGGGGGCUCCCCGCGGGGCCGAGCCGCGGAGCCCACCGGCUGUCCCCCCACCUCUCCGCUCGGUGCCGGUGCCCGGGGCCGAGCCCCCCGUUCACCGGGGCGGCGCUGCCGCCGGGGCCGGGGCUGCCGUGCCCGUGCCCGCCCCCGGGCGCGCCCGCCUCGGCGGCGCGGGAGGAGGCGGCGCGGAGCAGCGGCGGCGCCCGCACGGGGAUGGCGUCUCCGGGAGCGCUGGAACCGGCGGCCGGCAGCGUGCCCGGCACCAAGGUGGAGCUCACCGUGUCCUGCCGGAACCUGCUGGACAUGGACACCUUCUCCAAGUCUGACCCAGUGGUCGUCCUCUUCGUGCAGGGCGCGGGGAGCAGCGAGUGGAAGGAGUUUGGGCGCACCGAGGUGAUCGACAACACCCUGAACCCCGACUUCGUCCGCAAGUUUGUCCUUGACUACUACUUCGAGGAGAAGCAAAACCUCCGCUUCGACGUCUACAACGUGGACUCCAAGAGCUGCUCCAUCUACAAGCAGAAGGACUUCCUGGGGCAGGCGUUCGUGGCGCUGGGGGAGGUGAUCGGGUCCCAGCGGGGCCGCCUGGAGAGAGCCCUCACGGGGGUCCCAGGGAAGCGGUGCGGGACCAUCCUGCUGCUGGCCGAGGAGCUGAGCAACUGCAGGGACAUCGUCACGAUGCAGCUGUGCGCCAACAAGCUGGACAAGAAGGACUUUUUCGGGAAAUCCGACCCCUUCCUCGUCUUCUACCGCAGCAACGAGGACGGCACCUUCACCAUCUGCCACAAGACGGAGGUGGUGAAGAACACGCUCAACCCGGUGUGGCAGCCCUUCACCAUCCCCGUGCGCGCCCUCUGCAACGGGGACUACGACCGCACGGUGAAGAUCGACGUGUACGACUGGGACCGGGACGGGAGCCACGACUUCAUCGGGGAGUUUGCCACCAGCUACCGGGAGCUGUCCCGAGCACAGAGCCAGUUCACGGUGUAUGAGGUGCUGAACCCUAGGAAGAAGUGCAAGAAGAAGAAAUACGUCAACUCCGGCACCGUGACUCUGCUCUCCUUCUCUGUCGAGUCCGAGUUCACCUUCGUUGACUACAUCCGAGGCGGGACGCAGCUCAAUUUCACCGUCGCCAUCGACUUCACGGCCUCCAACGGGAUGCCGUCGCAGCCCACCUCGCUGCACUACGCCAGCCCCUACCAGCUCAGCGCCUACGCCCUGGCGCUCAAGGCCGUCGGGGAGAUCAUCCAGGACUACGACAGCGACAAGCUCUUCCCGGCCUACGGCUUCGGCGCCAAGCUGCCGCCCGACGGCAAGAUCUCCCACCAGUUCCCCCUGAACAACAACGAGGACAACCCCAGCUGCGCCGGCAUCGAGGGCGUGCUCGAGUCCUACCUGCAGAGCCUGCGCACCGUGCAGCUCUACGGGCCCACCAACUUCGCCCCCGUCAUCAACCAGGUGGCCGGGACGGCCGCCCAGGUGACGGACGGCUCCCAGUACCACGUCCUCCUCAUCAUCACUGACGGUGUCAUCUCCGACAUGCUGCAGACCAAGGAGGCCAUCGUCACCGCUUCAGCGCUGCCCAUGUCCAUCAUCAUCGUGGGAGUGGGGCCAGCUGAGUUCGAGGCCAUGGAGGAGCUGGACGGCGACGAGGUGCGGGUGUCCUCGCGGGGACGCUACGCCGAGAGGGACAUCGUGCAGUUCGUGCCGUUCCGGGACUACGUGGACGACUCGGGCAACCAGGUGCUGAGCAUGGCGCGCCUGGCCAAGGACGUGCUGGCCGAGAUCCCCGAGCAGCUCCUGUCCUACAUGAAGACCCGCGACAUCAAGCCGCGCCGCGCCGACCCGCAGUAGCCCCGCACCGGGGGGCCGGUGGGCAGCGGGGAGGCCCCGCUGUGGGGCUGCCGGUGCGGGGCCGCCCGGCUCCGCCGGGUCCCCGCAGCCCUCGGUGGGGGGGUCCCGGGAUGCGGGGCCGGGGCUGUACCGGCGGUACCGGCUGUAAAUAAAGCGCUGCAACCGGA